AUGAAUAUCAGUGAUACUGCAAAGAACUCAUUACAAGAGUAUUGUCAAAAGAAUAAACUUACUCUACCAACCUAUGAUGUAACAACAACCUGUCAAGAUCAUGCAAAGAAGUUUAUGUGUAAAGUAAAAGUACAGGGUCAUCAAUACAACUCAUUAUGGAUGGAUAAUAAAAAGGAUGCUGAAAAGCAUGCUGCCACUGUUGCUUUGGUUGAAUUGUCUAAAGGAGGUCAUAAGAGAUUGAUGGCACCACCACCUCGAAACCUGUCUCCCUCUCAUGACAACCAACUAGCUGUGGUGACCAAAAACAUGGAUACUCUUAAUAUUAAUCUUAAUCAUGGUCAUAACCGUAAUUAUGGUCUUGAGGUCGACCCCAUCUAUGACAUCAAGCUGAAUCAAACUACUGGUCUGUUUGACUAUGGAAAGAUUGAAUUCUAUUCUCCUCUCAAACAGAGUAUCGUCGAUAUUGAAGUGGCAGACGACGCAAUGUUUAAGACAAAAGACAAAAUGAGAGAACAUCUAGACGAAAAGAUGAAAGCUACAUUGGCAGUUGAACUGCUACAAUUGACGGAGAAUCCGAUCGAGCGUAUUCCACUCGUCACCCAACAAACCAAGGUGAUCAAGGAUGAGACAGGGUUGGAUGUCAUUGGAUUACACGGUGAUUCCAACUCGACUAUACUAGACUCCAAACAUGACGUGUUGGUUAUUAUCGGUGCGCUGUUUAUUAAUCUCAUCCAAAAAGAUCAUUUGAAUCUAUCAGAUUAUUGUAUUAUCGUGGUCGAUGAAGCACACCAUAUUGUCAAGGACCAUCCAUUCGCAGUGCUCUUGCGAGAGUACUAUACCAAGCUCGGCAAAUCUUUACAACCACGUAUCAUGGGUUUGACCGCUUCACCCGCGGGUAAAGCCGACUUUUUCUCGACCUUGUUGUCUCUCAAGGUGAUGUCGCGUGUAUCGCAGUGUCGUAUUGUCACACCACUGCCACACUCUGUACAAGAGAUUAAAAAGCACCAAAACCAAAAAGACAUGCGAAUCGAAGAGCUGUCGGUCAACAAGAAUGAACAGUUUUUGAUCACGUUGAUUAGUCGACUCACUCAAUGGGUCAAAGACCGGUUCCAGGUCAAGAUCAACGUACCUGCCGGUUUAGAGGAGCUAUUCAAUGCAGGAAAAGCAGACCAAUAUGAAAAUCAAGACAUCGAUCCUGAAGAACCAGACACUGACGACUACACCAUAUCAACAACAUCGUCGUCGUCAAAGGGUGGACUCAAUGCCAACUUGACACAAAUUGUCAAUUUAUUUGUCGCCAAAUGUAUAGAGUUUUUAAAGUAUGGGUCUCAUAUGGACAAGGAAAUGCCACCCAAUAUCAAAGAGUAUUGCAUACGAUUGGCUGAAAAGGCCAAGUUCCUCACACCAGAGGUGAAAAAAGAGGUUGUCCUUCAGAUUCAAUCGAUCACUCACAGCUCUGACAAUGAAAACUCGACCAAUAUAUGCAAGCUUGACAAGGCAUUGGAGAUUUUGGAAGAGCAUAAUGCGCUCCAUCAAGCCGAUCCCUCCAAAGACCAGUUUAGAGCCAUUUUAUUUGUAAAGACUAGAGAUUCAGCACACCAACUUGGAGAAAUAUUAAACAACAUUUCCAACAAGAGUACGAGAUACUCUUUUACCAAAUGUGUGACUGUAGUUGGACACGGAUCAAAUACCGAUGGUGGAAUGUCAACUAGUAAACAAAAAGAAGUGGUCGAAGCAUUUAGAACUGGUAAAGCAAAUGUUGUAGUUACUACCAAUGUAUUAGAAGAAGGUUUAGAUGUACCAGAAUGUAAUUUAGUUAUUAGAAUUGAUGCUCCAUCAACUGUUACUGCUUUGAUUCAAAGUCGUGGUAGAGCAAGACAUAGAAAUUCAGAAUUUGUAGCAAUUAUUAAAACAAUAGAGGGACAUAGUUAUCGUAGAUUCCUAAUGCAUGAACAAUUGCUUCAAGAGACUAUUGAAUUUCUUAGAACUGGAGUCAUACCAGAAUCACUUUCUCAUUCCAUCGAUAAUACCUAUUACUAUAAAAAAGAGUUGGAAGAGAUUGUGCAAAAGUGUAAAUCGGCAGACUUUGAUUUAGGGUUUCAAAUUAAAACGUUUAGUAUAGGCAAUGUAAAUUCACCAAAAUUCCAAUCGAUCCUAUCAUUGGCCACUGCAAACUAUCAAGAAUCUGCAACUGCUCCAUCUAAAAAAGAAUCAAGAGAAGCUGUUUGUAGACAAGUAAUGGAAAGUUUUACUAUUUAUAAAAUUAUUGCAUCAAUGAAUUAA